AUAUGUAUAAUAAUUAAUUAUAUUCAUAUGCUAAAUUUUUUAAAAAUGCCACUGCAUUAGACGGCCCUGAAAUAUUGUUAGAGUGGUUAACAAGUGGCUGUUCUGUUCUUAAUCGCUCCGCGGAACACAAAUUGUUCAGUGAAUAAAGAUUCUUCAAACAUGUUUAUAAACACGAUUUGAUUCGUACAGAAAUGUUUCCUUUAUUCUUAUAUUGUUCUUAAAUCUAAUUUAAGAAAACACAAGGAAAGAAACAAUUAUAAAGGUAACGGAUUGGUUACGUGGAAUUUGGGAGAUGAGACGUCAAACUGGACCUGUUCAGCAAUGGAUAGAUUCAAUACCAUCACCUAUAAAGUCCAAUUUUUCAAUGAAAAAUGAAAAUCAAGGAGAAUCAAGUAAAAAACCUAAUAUUUCAUUGGCCUCAACAGAACCUAAGGACAUUCCAUAUUCUAUAAGAACAAAAGAACAACUAACUAUGACGAUGUCUGCACCUAUUAAUGUUCCUAACACAACAUCAAAUAAUACAAUAGGACCUACUUUACCUAGUUCAUUGCCCCAUAAGUUAGUUCGAGAUCUGAGCCUACAAUCUGAUAGUAGUCACUGUAGUAGUGUAGAAAGUUUAUUAGAAUUAAGAAAAGCAGAUCCAGAGGCAAUUUUGCUGGGUCUUGGAUUUGGUGGUUGCUCAAGCAGUCCACAAGAGAAUGGUUCCUUUUCUCGUAUACCAAAAAGAUUUCUGCAGCCAUCAAAAUUAAAAGGCAUAGCUAUUAAUGAUUUUAUGAAGCAGCAACAAGAAACUAGUGAAUCUUUUGAUUCUGUAUCGUUAGGAUAUAGAGGUUUGACAGGCUCACCGUAUGUAGCGCCAUCGGAAAUUGUACAAAAGAUUAUGCAACGUUUACGAGAACACGAAAAUCAUGAACAUGAUCCACAUGCGGUGUACAAUUCGUACGAACAAUACAAUCCAUUAUAUUGCGAUGGUACAUUUUCUGUAUUAUCUCCUGAUAAUAGACAAUUUUUGGAACGACCACGUUCGAAAAGUCCUGAUAUGCGUAAUAAACGUAUGAUUAUUGGGCAAAAGUCAUUUGCAUUUGGUCAUGAUGGUGAUCUAAUCGAAAUCAAUCCUAACGCAAAAAGAUCAUUUGAAAGUAUUCCAAAUAAUGAUUUCAAUGUUGUAGAAAAUUCAAAACUAUCUAAUGAUUUAGGUGAUAAUAAUAAAAUAUUUAAACAAACAGCUGUUCAAGAAGUAGAAAAAAUAUUACUAAAACGAUUAUCUUCUGAUGAUGGUACAGAAUUUAAUGACAUUGAUGUUAAUUUAUCAAUACAAAUGUUCGAAGACUGCAAGGACGCGCAAAAUGAAUUAAAUAAAAAUGUUAAGAGAUGCAAUAAAGACAUUUCUUCAAAUAUAAUUUCAGCAAAUAUAUCCGAUAUUCGAAGAGCUAGUGAUGGAUUUUAUGAUAUGAAAGAUAGAAAAAUAUCGGUGAUAAAUAAACGAAGAUACAGCGAUGGUUUUAUGCAAACUAUUGAUCGUAUUGACGACACUGCACUUGCUCGAAGAAGGAAAACUUUGAAGCGACAGACUACAAUAAACGAUACCGAUGCGGCAAACUAUUUAAAUUUCUGUAAGUCCGAUAUGCCGCAAUGCAAGGGAUUGGAAUAUAAUUUGAAUGAAAAUUUUUGUGAUAUUUAUAAGCGAAAAAACAUUUCUACAAAAUCAAUUCGAAAUAUUGAUAAAAAAACGGAAUUUAAAAAUGAAACUAAAAAGUUUGAUGUGUACAAAAAGUGUGUACAAAAAUUAUCUGAAAACACACAUAGAUCAGAGGACAACAAUUUAAAUAAAAAAAAAGAAUGUAACAAGGAAAAAAAUGAAUACAUUGAUGAAAUCCAGCUUGGAGAACAAGUGUGCAUAGAUAAAGAGGAAACAAACUGUUGCUGUUGUUCUGGUACUAAAAAAUAUUGGAAAAAAAUGGAGAAAAUUAUUCAAGAAAACAAAAAUUUGACAAAGAGUAGAAAAGAAAUGGUAGAAAUUCAAGAAAUGUUAAGUAGUGUGUUAUCUGUACGGUUGGAACCUGGUUUUUGACUUAAUCUGGUUUAUAGGUUUAUGAAAACAUGUUUCAUCAAAUAUGAUAUUAAGAUAUUUACUUAAUUUUUAUAUAUUUUCAGACAUAUUCCGCGUAUUUUAAAUAAUUACUAAUUUUGGAAAAUACUAUACACUUAAAAUGAUUCAUAAUAUUACAAAAGGUGACAAGUACCAUAAAAGAUAUCAAUAUAGCAAGAAUGUAUUUUUGCUUAUAGCAGUUACAUCUUGUAUUCUUUUUAGUUUCGAAUGUAAAUAUUGUUUCAUAACUUAAAAUUUUUAUUU